AACUCCCGUCUGUGGGAUUCCGAAGUCGACAUACGUGACACGCAAGCGGCAGGACGACAUUGCUCCGGGCAAGUCAAUUAUGCGCUGCAGCGUUUCUCAUGCAUUUCACUCAUGUCUUAAGCCGCCAUCAGGCUAGAGGGAUACUAUCUGCGGCGUCGUAACGAUUCCCUCAUGACAGCUUUACAGGCUCAGAAGAAAGCAUUGCGCAAGACCAUGGCGACGCGAUUGCGUUCGCUUUCUGUAUCCGAUGUCCAGCAACAAUCAGGGAUGAUAACUGACCGCGUGCUGGCUUCGCCGUACUUCGCCCGAAGCCAGUGCGUGAGCUGUUAUCUUAGCAUGCCAUCCGGGGAGGUCGAUACAUCCUCCCUCAUAUCUGCAAUCUUGCGAAGUGGGAAGACACUUUUCGUUCCUAAAAUUGACACUACCUGCGAUGGCACGAUGGACUUCCUGCAGGUGUACGGCGAAGAUGACCUCCGCGCCUUCCCGCCUGGUACCUGGGGGAUUAAGGAACCCGCCUACGAAUGGAAGGGCGCACGGCGUCGCAGCGCCACGGAUGACGGCACGGACCUCGAUCUGAUUUUCUUGCCAGGUGUCGCGUUCGAUCGAUCCAUGUCGCGACUGGGGCAUGGCAAAGGGUACUACGAUCGCUUCAUAUCAUCCUAUGCAGCUUCCAAAUCCGCAAAGGGCCAGCGGAAACCGCUGCUAGUGGCGCUGUCCUUACGAGAGCAAAUCCUUGAAGCAGGACAGGUGCCGGUAGCACCGCAUGACUGGAAGAUGGACGUAAUAGCAGGCCCGGACGGGCUCCUGGGUGAAGCCGCUGCCGAUAGUUCACAAUGAAAUGAACUCCAGUGACUUCUGAAUACCUGUCAGGGA